UUCUUCAAUUUCCAGACAUGAGCCGUCCCGUGAAUGGGACCCGUCCUGCAAAGUUUACGUGGGUAACUUGGGCAACAAUGCAUCCAAACAUGAGUUGGAGGAUGUUUUCACGAAGUAUGGACCACUAAGAAAUGUAUGGGUAGCCAGAAAUCCUCGUUUCGCAUUUGUCGAGUUCGAAGACCCCAGAGAUGCCGAGGACGCCGUCAGGGGACUCGAUGGAACACGUUGCUGUGGCACACGUAUUGUUGUGGAAAUGUCAACUGGCAGACGUCGGAGCGGAGGUGGUGGGGGAAGGGGGGCCAGAAGGAGUCCAAUCAGAAGGUCGCGCUCGCCGUAUGCUCGCCGUCGGUCUUCGAUGAGUCGCUCGAGGUCUCGCAGCCCUGUGCGCAGGUCCAGAUCCUAUUCCAGGGACCGCCGAUAAUUUUAUGACGAUACAUCUGCAUUAUUGAGUACGUGUGGUGAUGAAGCAAGAAGAUUUUUAUUAUGUGUGAGCAUUUACUCUGAAUUUUGUAUUUAUUUGGAGUACGGUAUCCAUCUUAAUUAGAAGUUUAUUGAACAAAGUGAACUAUUCCCAAUAUAAG